AUGGCUGACCUUUCAACACGCCUGGCCGAUGGCUUCGUAUGCAUUCCCGUCAUCACGGCAUGCGAUGCCAUCGGGCUCUUUGACUUGCCCUCGAAUGCCGCCACGGCAUCCAAGGGCGCGUGGACCAUCUCCGAACUGGCGCAGCAGCUGGGCGUUCGCGACGGUUACCUCGCCGUCUGCCUGCGCCUCCUUGCUUCCCUCGGCUGGGUGUCCAUCUCCUACACCACCACCACCACCACAGCCACCACAACGGCCACUCCCAGCCAAGCCACGGCCACAACAGCCAAAACCAACGCCACAGACGCACAACAGCACGCGCGAUUGGAAAAGCUGUUCACCAUCAGUCCUGAUUGCAAGCACAAGGCAGCCAAGAUCCCGCCGCGGCUGCCUCGCCUCUUGCACCUGGAUCUGGUGAACCUCUUUGCCACGAAUGAUGCUGCUGCUGCUCCAACUCCGUCGUCGUCGUCGUCGUCGUCGUCGACCUCGACAAGCGCGGCCCUCGACCAGCAGGCCACGGAGUUUGCCGAGAUUGUGGCCACCGUCCUCCAGCAACGGCAGGAGGAGCACGCUGCCGACGAGUUGCUGCAGCAGCUCAUUGAUGGCUUCAUCCUGGCGUGCGUUCUUGUUGGCAUGCAUCAGGCUGGCCGCCUGCUUGGCCUCAAAGGCGGCAACAUUGACGCCAUCGGCAACAGACUCACCGAGGAGCAGGUGGUGUCGCGCCUUGCCACGCAAGGCAUCACUGAUCCCAAAGAUGUCGGCGUUGCCAUCAGCACCGCCCCCAUCCACUCCACAUGCCGGGCGCCUCUUGUUCGCCUCCUUUCCGUUCACGACUGGCUUCAACAACAUGACCAACACCAGCCACAGAAAGAUCAACAACAGCAGCAACAACAACAUGACCAGCAACAGCAACAACAGCAGCAGCAACAACAGCAACAACAGCCACAGCAAGAGCAACAGCAGCAACAACAGCAACAACAAGAGCAACCAGAUCAGCAGCUCAUCAUCCGGUUGACAGACAUUGGGCGCUUCAUCUGCGAGCGUGCGCUGGUUGUGGGCACCACGGCCUCAUACCGCAGCAUGUUUUCCCGCCUGACAGAGCUCAUGCGCAGCGGGCCGGCCAUCUUUGAGAAGAGCAAGGCCGAGCAGGACGUGGAGGAGGCGCACGUGAACCGCACCCUCAAUGUCGUGGGAAGCGGAUUCCAGCACCAGAAGUUCUUCGCCGACGUGGACGAGAUUGUUCGCGCCAUCUUCGACACGCCCGACUUUGAGGACCAGCCCUCCUACGUUGUGGACAUGGGCUGCGGCGACGGCGAGUUUCUCAAGCGCGUGUACAACGUCAUCCGCUCCAGUACGCUGCGUGGCCAGCACCUGUCGACCCACCCCGUCUAUCUCGUUGGCGCGGACUUCAACCAGACGGCCCUUGACGCCACACGCAUCAACCUGGAGGGCCUGCCCACGCUCCUGCUCAAAGGAGACAUUGGCGACCCGCAGCGCUUGCACCGCGACAUGAUGGACAAGUUCAACAUCACCAGCGUGCACCAGGUGCUGCACAUCCGCUCCUUCCUCGACCAUGACCGCCCUUACAUCCCAGCCAAGGCGCCCUCCCUCGCCCGCCAGCACGUGCCAUACCACGGCGUGCACAUCACGGGCGAGGGCUACCUCAUCCCCGUGCACGACUGCAUCCAGAGCCUGCUCGAGCACCUGCACCGCUGGAAGUCCAUUGUCAGCGAGCGCCACGGGCUUGUGCUGCUUGAGGUGCACUGCCUGCCCGCCCUGGCCACGCGGGAGCACCUGGGCUCGUGCGAGAGCCUGCACUUUGACGGCUACCACGGCAUCUCGGGCCAGCUGCUGGUCACGGCCGCCAGUUUUGUCAUGACCGCCGCAGAGGCGGGCCUCUUCCCCGUGCUGAGCCAGGCGCACGUGUACCCGCGCCUGCGUGCUUACACGCGCAUCACGCUCAACCGCUACGUUUCCCGCCCUUACCGCGUCCGGUUUGCGCGGGAGGAGGACCUGCCUGGCCUGCUGCACCUGCAGGAGGUGUGCUGGCACCAGCCAGGCAUGCGCGCCACGGCCCAAGACCUCCUCGGCCGUAUCCGCCGCCAUCCAGAGGGACAGCUUGUCCUCGAGGAAAUGCUGCAUGCAGGCAACAACUACGGGGGCGACGACGACGACGACGAUGCUGACACUGGCACUGCUGCUGGUCGUGACACCUCUACAAACCAGGAUGCUCAACAGCAACAGCAGCAGCAACAACAACAUCAUGAGCAACAGCGGUUCAGGCUGGUGGGCGCGGUUUACUCCCAACGCAUUGCAGGGGAGGACGCGCUGCUAAACGUGAGGUAUGAUCGCAUCCACGACCUGCACGCGCCCGAGCACAGGCACGUGCAGCUGCUGGGGCUCAACGUGCUGCCGGAGAUGCGCCACAAGGGAUACGGCCGCACCCUGCUCAACUUCUUUCUCUACGUCACCAGCCUGGACCCCUUCACCAACAGCGUGUUUGGCGUCACCCGCUGUGGCGAGUACGCUCGCCACGCCCACCGCUACGAGUCGUGCCUGCACUACGUUGCUGCCACGCACGCGGAGUCUGGCCUGCCAAACGACCCCAUUCUGCGCUUCCACGUGUCCAACGGCGCGCAGAUGCUGCGCGUGCUGCCAAACUACCGCCCAGCGGACACGGAGAACCACGGCCACGGCGUCCUCAUCCGCUACGAGCUCAGGCGCAGGCUCGACUACCACCACCACCAGCACCAGCACCAGCAGCACCACGAACAGCCACAGCAGCGCAAAGGCGCAAGCACUGCAAAGCACGGGUCAUCGUCCUCCUCGUCGUCGUCAGCGUACCAUAAGCUGCCGUCUGUGCCGCAGCUGGUGCAGGCCCUGCAGGAGCAGCAGCGCCAAUUCCCGCAGCAACUCGAGGGCGCCCAUGCCUUGCCUGCGCUCACCGCGGCUGCUGCAACAGCAAGAACACCAACAUCAGCAGCAGCACCAUCGUCGUCGGCAACAGCAACGUCGACAGGGGCGCAGCAGGCGGCAAGCGGGGAGGCUGCUGUGGCCACGAGCGAGGACGAUGUGUUGCAGCAGAUUCUCGACUGCGUGUGCGACCUGAAGGGGCUGGAUGCCAGCGAUGCUGACAGCGAAGGAUAUGCCACGGAGUCCUUCACGGCGCUCGGUCUUGAUUCCAUGGACCUGCUUGACUUGCAGCUGGUGCUCUCCACCCAGUUUGGCUGCGAGUUGCACCCGACUGCCUUUUUCCAGUUUCCAACACCCUCCGCGCUUGCCGCGCACGUGUUUGAGACGUUUGUCUCCUCACAGCUCGAACAACAACAGCGACAACAACAACAGAAGCAGCAACAGCAACAGCAAGUAACCAGUGAAGCGAAGACAGCGCCCUCUUCUUCUUCUCCUUUGGCAUCACCAUCACCAGCACCAUCACCAUCAACAGCAACAGCAACAGCAACAAGCGGCGCCACCGCAGCACCACUGCAGCCAUCACAGCCAAUGUCAACGUCCAACACCGUGCCCACCACCUCCACGGUUGCGCCGACAGCUGCGACAGCAACUGGAGCCAAUGCUCACUCGUCCAGCAAUGCGGAGGUGGUGAUCACGGGCAUGGCGGGCCGUUUCCCGCAGUGCGCGUCCGCCCGUGAGUUCUGGAUGCGCAUUCUCGCUGGGGAGGACCUGGUGACGGCCGCGCCAACAGGGCUGCGCCCGCGACACUCUGCUGCAGAUGUCCAGCAGCAUCAGCAUCAGCAUCAGCAGCAGCAACAGCAGCAGCCGGCCACACACGCCGGUGGGUACUUGCAAGACGUUGUUGGCUUUGACCGCGCGUACUUUGGGCUGUCGGAGACGGAGAGUGCGCACAUGGACCCGCAGCAGCGGCUGCUGUUGAUGACGGUUGUGCAUGCCCUUGAAGACGCCCUGCUGCCGCCAAGCAUGCUCAAGGGCAAGCGCGUCGCCGUGUUUGUGGGCGCCUUCUCCCACGACUACGAGUGGAUCUCACUCGCCCAUCAUCAACAGCAGCAGCACCACCACCAGCAGCAGCAACAACAGCAGCAGGAGCACCUGAGUACGUACUUCAGCACGGGUAACUCGUCCAGCGUGCUUGCUGGUCGCGUGGCGUACCAGUUUGACUUUCGUGGACCGGCCAUCUGCGUGCACACGGCGUGUUCCUCCUCGCUUGUGGCUGCGCAUCUUGCGCGCCAUGCCCUGCUGCGCGGCGAGUGCGAUGUUGCGCUCGUCUCUGGCGUCAACCUCAUGCUGGCCGACGUCCUCUCGCAGGUGUUUGGCCAGGCAGGCAUGCUGUCGCCCCAGGCGCGCUGCCGCACCUUUGCCGAGGGUGCUGACGGGUAUGUGCGCGCGGAGACGUGCGCCACCCUUGUGCUGCAGCGCACAGACAGCCCGCUGCUGCUUGCUUCGCCGUACGCAUGCAUCAAGGGCACGGCGCUGAACCAGGACGGCCGCACCAACGGCCUCACCGCGCCAAACCCCGAUGCGCAGCGCGCCGUGAUUGAGGACGCGCUUGCGGAUGCGGGCCUGCGCGCUGACGCCAUCUCCUAUCUGGAGUGCCACGGCACGGGCACGUCGCUUGGGGACGCCAUUGAGGUACAGGGUCUUAACGCCGUGUUCAAGCUGCGCACGCGCCCGCUGCACAUUGGCUCUGUCAAGACCAACACGGGCCACGCUGAGGCUGCCGCCGGUAUGGUGUCGCUGUGCAAGGCGGCGAUGGCCGUGCACGAGGGGCGCGUUCCACCCCACCUGCACUGCAGGAGGAAGAACUCGCUGCUGGCGCUGGACGUGGUGCCGCUCGUCAUCACCGACGACGGCCUCGCCCUCUCCUCCGCUUCAUCGUCUUCAUCGUCGCAGCAAGCACAUGCGGGUGGGGUGGCGGUGGGCAUCAGCUGCUACGGCUACAGUGGCACCAACUCCCACGCCAUCCUCACCAGCCGCGGGUGCGAGCGCAUCUCCCGCCCGGCCUCGAUUUCGGCCCUGCUGGCCAGUCGCGGCCUGCAUCUCGACGCUGCCACGGCUGCGGCGGCGGUGCCCGCCCCACACGGCGCCUCGUCCAUGCAUCUCGUGGCCAUGCCCGUGUCAGCGCAGAACACGGAGGCGUGCAUGCAGGCAACGGCGGCCCUCGCUGCGUCUCUCGUGGAUCCAGCACUUGCGAGCGCGUCACUGUCUGUGCUUGCCCUUGCCGCGUUGGUCGGACGUGAGCACGGACUGCCACGCCAGCUGCUGGUCAUGUGCGAUGCCGCGUCCCCGCGUCGCGCUGUUGCCAGCUCGCUCGCAGCGGCCGUGCACGCGCUCCAACCGUUUGCCCUGCAGCCAUCGCCAGAGCUGGCCGCGCUACUGCCGCCACCUGGCCGUGGCGGGGCGCACGGCGAGCACGCUGGCGGCGAUGCUGGUGGCAGCGUUGCGACAUAUGUGGUCGAUGCCGCUCCAGCAUGCCUCAUGUUGCCCGUGCAGGCGGAUCGCGUUGUCGUGGACCUGCCAUCGUCGACGCGCGCCAUGAGCCUGGCCAUGUGGCCUGCCCACUUGCAAGCGCCAGCGAGUGCCCUCAACCGCAUCCAUGUUCCUGCCGCGUUGGCCGCUGCCCACUUGCAGAACGCAUAUCGCCUGUGUCGCUUCCUUGCCACGGGCUUCAAACUCGCCAGCAGCGCCUCUGCGGCUGCUGUUGUUCCCACUGGUGGCUCAGGCACAUCCGUUCAGCAACAACACAAGCAGAAGGGCCUUGUGGUGCGCGCACAUGACGCAUCGCACGUUGUGGCCUGCUUGCUUGCGCUCGGCGUCGUCUCCGAGGACCAGGCGAGCCAGGCCCUGCGUGACACAGCACCGGACGCUCUGUUGAAGCAGCUGUUUGGUUGGGCCAGGCAGCCAGGCCAAGCCGCAUCGUAUGAGGUUGUUGCCACCGCCAAGGGCGUGUCUUGCCUGACCUUGUCCACCAGCAUGAGAGACAAUGCGCCCUCUGCUGCCUCCACAUCGUCGUCAUCGCACCCGUAUUCAACUGCGCCUGCAGCAUCGGGUGCGGCUUGUGAUGUCACGCUGGUGUCACAGCAUGUCGCCUUUGUGCUCAGUGCCACGAACCCUGUGCAUUGGCAUGCGCUGGCCACGCGCUUCGCUGCUCUGGAACGUUCCCUGACCAAUGCCAUUGUUGCCUGUAACGCUGAAUUGUGGACCAGCAUGCAGGCUGUGCCGGCGUCGCUGCCGCGCCUGCCCCUCUACCCCUUUCAGCUGCUCCCGUCCUGGCUGCCAGAUGACAUGCCGCUCGCAGCCGUGCGCCUGAGCCCGGCCGUGUCUGGCCUGCCACGCAACCACGUCAUCAUGCAGCAGGAGCUGCUGCCUGGUGCCGCCCUCGUGUCCUCGCUGUUGACUGCGCUGCAUGCGCUUGAGCUGUCGCCCACACAGCGCGCCCACGCCACCACCGAGCUCACGGGGGUCACCCUCUCCCGCUCGGUCUCUGCCGCUGACGUGCCGCACACACGGGCCGUGCUGGGCGGCGACGGCACAUUCGCCGUCACUGUUGCUGCUGGCGGCACCCGUGCCUGCGAGGGCACGUGGCGCCUGGCCAGCCCGUGGUGCCGCACCACGUUGCAGUGGAAGCAAGCGGCGGCGGCCCUCGCCUCAUCCACGCUGCAGCACGCCGUGUCGCCCGACGACUUUUAUGCGAGUAUGGCUGCUCGCAGCAUGCACUAUGCAGGACCCCUGCGAGCGUUUGACGAGCGCAUCACCUUCACCACCAGUGCGGGACCUACCGCUGCUGUGGCGCGUGGCCACAUCUCCACCACCACCACCCAAGCACGUGGUGACACCGACACCGCCUUGCUCAUGGCGCAGGCGCUCGAUGCCGGCAUGCAGCUCUGCGUCGACCUGGCCGCCCGUGUUUUGGACGCCAACGGUGCCAGUAGCGGUGGUACCGGGCAGCACGGCAGUUCCUCCGUUUCGUCUGCAUCGUCCGCGUCUUCGCAGCUCUCCUUCAUGCCCGUGGCAAUGGCGCGUGUGGUGAUGCUGCUUGAGACGGCGUUUGCGCUGUCCACCAGCGGCCACGGCGCCAACAACGGCAGCAACGGUGGCCUGGAGGUGUACGCGGGUAUUGAUUUGCCGCAGCCGUCGGACCUCGACGCCUUGCAGCGAACGGGCCGCAUCAAGGGCAGGCUUGUUCUCUCUGCCGAGGGCAUCUCCCUGCAGGCGUUCCGCAACAUGGGUGCAGCUGCACCCGUUGGCCCGACACCCGCUGUUGCUGUGUCGCAUGCACAGCAGCAGCCUUUGGCGGGCCGAGCCGCCUCGAGCGACGCACGGCAAGCGUUUGCCCCUGGCACCGCAGCCCAGGGCGGCGGGGACGCAGCAAGCCACCCUGCCGCCUACCGCGACGUCAUCUUCCCUGUUGCGUUGCCGCUUCCCACACCAGCACCAGCACCAGUAUCGCUUCCGCCAUCCGCCGUGCUGCACAUUUCCCUGGUCUCCACCUCGCCCCUGCCAUAUGAUGAUGAGGCCCUGCAGGCCGAGUUCCAUGCCGCGCCGCUCAACAUCUCCAUUCCCGUGCAGCCGCCGGCGCCCAUGGAGGAUGACGGCGCACACGACGCCCUGUUGCACAUUGUCAUGUCCGAGCUCUCCUCGGCCUCAUCGCCCACUCCAGUGACCUCUCAUCCCGCAGAAGGAGCAGCAGCGACAACAGCAGCAGAACCAGCACAGCAGGCGUCAGCACAGGCACACGUGCCGGCGCCUGUGACGACUGUGCUGAUUCACGUGGAUCCUGUGCUGCUGGAGGCGAAGGAGGACGUGGUGGGUGCGAGCGAUGCCAUGCGCACGCGCGCUGCUGAGGUUUACUGGUCCCUCGUGCGCACCGUGCAGGUUGUGCUGGCUGCCCGCGCCCGCCACACGGACAGCCAGGCCAUCUCCACCGUUGCCGUGUGCGUCCCACAACAGGGUCGGUUCUUUGAGGAAGUGUGGGCCGCGUGCAAGUCAUUUGCGCGCGUGGUCUGGUCUGAGCGCCACUUUCGCCGCUCCUGCGCCAUUGCUACCCUACCUGCUUCCCCAAACGCACCCGCCACCUCUCUCAACGACAUCUACGCCCUCCUGCAAGCGUCAGACACGGCGCCAGCAUCAGCGGCCUCUUCGUCGCCAUCAACAACCACAUUUGAUCCGCUGCUCGUGCUGCGAGCAACACGCCCUUCGCAAGAGCGCGGCAGCCAGCAACAGCAAAGCGAGUGGGUGCAGGAGCGGUUCGUGCCCGUGCGGGCGGAGGACGUGUCGCCGUCCUGGCCAUGGCACAUCACGCAGCCCUCACAGUCGCACGCCUCGCUGGAUGACCUGCAGCCCUCACCACUGAGCUGGGACGGCGACUGUCCCCCAGAUGCCAUUGUGGUGCAAGUCACAGCCGUUUCCCUCAACUUUCGCGACGUGCUCGGUGUUCUGGGCCUGUACCCUGGCCCACCAGCACCGCCUUGUCGCGACUUUGCGGGUGUCGUGCUGGCCAUUGGCACAGGGGUCCUCGCUGCCAACAGCACCGCAGUCUCUGUCGGUGAUCAGGUCUUUGGCACCCACCCGGGUUGCCUCGCUUCCCACAUCCAAGUGCACCCAUCGCAGCUGGCUCGCGUGCCGUCGACGACCGAUGCCUGGUCUCCGCAGCGGUGCGCUGCAGCUGUCAGCGUCGAGAUGACGGUGACCAUGGCGCUUGCUGAUGGCGUCUCAGAGCGACUGCCGUCCGCCAAGGGUCUUGCCCUUGUCCAUGCGGGCGCGGGCGGUGUCGGCCUCGCUGCUAUCAGCCGCCUCACCAAGCUCGGGCUGCGCGUGUUUGCCACGGCGGGCUCCCAGCGCAAGCGAGACGUCCUGGUCAAGCUCCCGGGCGUCGUUGCCGUAAGUUCCUCCCGUGACUUUGCCGCCUUUGAGCGCGAUGCCAGAGACGUCGUGCGCCAGCACGGCAGCGUCCACCUCGUCCUCAACAGCCUCUCUGGCCAGUUCACCUCCCUCUCGCUGCAGCUGCUGUCGCAGCAGGGAACUUUUGUGGAGCUGGGCAAGCGCAACAUCAUGACACCCGAGGAGGUGAGGGCAGUCCGCCCAGACGUCAACUACAGAGUGCUGGCCGUGGACGCCGUCGUCGACAACGACAUGCACGCGUGCCACGCUGCCAUGGAAGAGCUUGCCGAGCAGAUGCGCCGCGGUGUGGUUACACCGCUCCCAACGACAGAGUUUCCCCUCGACACCACCGGCGUACGGGAGGCGUUCAAGUUCAUGCGCAGGGCAGAGCACGUGGGGAAGAUUGUGCUGUCUGCGGACCACGAGCGCGUGGCACCUCGGUCAAGCCGCGUGCGUGGCGGCGUGUACGUUGUGAGCGGGGGACUGGGUGCGCUUGGCUUGCAGACGGCGGCGUGGCUGCUGUGCCGCGGCGUGGAGCACGUGGUGCUGCUGUCGCGGUCUGGGCGCGUGGGGCACCCGGACCUGGUGCCGCUGUUUGAUGCGCUGCCGACGCAGCAGCGGAUGGACCGGCUGGGCGCGGCGCAGCGCGGGCUGGCGCGGGUGCACGUGCGGGUGUGCGACGUGAGCCGGGAAGAGGAUGUGCGGGAGAUGUACCGGUGGUGUGUUGCCAAGCUUGGCGGAGUGGAUGGGGUGUACCAUGCUGCUGGUGUGACGUCUGACCGAGGGAUUGAGAAGGUUGAGCGGGAUGAUGUGUGGCGCGUGUUUGGGGGCAAGGCUGGCGGGGCGUGGCACCUUGACCGGGUUGGGGAGGAGGUUGAUGGGGUGGAGGUGGGUGAGUUUGUGGUGUACUCGAGUGCGUCGAGCGUGCUUGGGCUGCGUGGGCAGAGCGUGUAUGCUGGUGCGAACGGGUAUGCAGACGGGGUAGUGCGGCGGCGGCGCCGGGAGGGGAAACCGGCACUGAGCGUGCAGUGGGGCGCGUGGGCGUCCCACGGAAUGGCGGCUGCGAAUCUGGUCAAGAAAAUGCAGGCCGUUGGCGCAGCCCCCAUCACCCCUCCUCCCCCAAUCGCAUUUGCCAUGCUGGAUGCCCUGUUGGCCGCCAGCGAGGAAAGCCGAGGCGCCGUGUCCCUCGUCGUGUUUCCAGCCCACUGGACCACGUACGCAAAAGCCUUGCCAGCACAGAGCCGCGGUCCGCUCGCCUCGCUUACCGGUGUCGUGCAACCACAGCAGUCGCCCGACGCUCUUGCUUCGUCACAGUCCUGGACACCCGAAGCGCUCCACGAUGUGGUGGUGUCUUGUGUGAGGGAUGUCUUGCCCCACACACCACAGCCGACUGAUCCGCUCAUGGACGCAGGGCUCGAUAGCGUGUCGGUGAUUGAGCUGCGGAACAGACUGGAGAGCGCCACUGGCUUGAGCCUGAGCGCCGGCCUCCUGUUCAGCUACCCGACCAUUGACGCCAUUGCCAAGCACCUGCAGACGCUGCUCAUUCCAGCUGUGGAUGCGCCUGUCGUCGCCCCUGCUGGCGCGGCUGAGCGGCGCGGGCUGGAGGCGGCGCUUGCCACAGCUGCCGUUGUUGGUGUUGCCUGCCGCUUCCCUGGCGCCGACUCUGCCCAGCAGUUUUGGCGCAAUCUCAAGGCAGGUGUGGACUCGAUUACGCCGCCACCGCGAACGCGACCGAAACUCAGCCGCGAAUCGCAGGCCGGGUAUGUCAGCGACGUCGGCUGGAUGGACCCCAGCUUCUUUCAGCUGACCCUGGCAGAAGCGGCUCAGAUGGACCCACAGCAGCGCAUGGUGCUGGAGGUCGCGUACAUGGCGCUGUGCAGUGCCGGCAUUUCGCGUGACGCCGUGGCGGAGAAGCCAAUCGGCGUGUUUGUUGGCAUGUGCAGCUACGACUACACGGGCUUGCAGCUGCCAGCCACGCCUCUCACGGGCACAGGCCGUUCGCACGCCAUCCUGGCCAACCGCGUGUCGUAUGCGCUUGGGCUGACGGGCCCGAGUCUCACCGUGGACACGGCGUGCUCAUCCUCGCUCGUGGCUGUCGACCUCGCCAUGCAGAGCUUGCGCCAGGGCACCUGCACAUACGCCAUUGUUGCUGGUGUUAACGUCAUUGCCAGUGACAUCAUGUUCAAUACGAACCGGUGCCGGACGUUUGACGCUGGUGCAGAUGGAUACGUGCGCGGCGAAGGGUGUGGUGCCAUUGUGCUGACGCUUGAAGGCAAUGCCACCAGCAGUGGCGCAGCGGCUGCGACAGGGGCCGGUGGCGCUGGGGCUGAGCAGCAGCAACAGCAACAGCAGCAGCAGCAGCAGCAGCAACAGCGGUUGCACACGCGCGAGCCGCUUGCGUACAUCAAGGGCAGCGCUGUGAACCAGGACGGGCGGACAGCGAGCCUGACGGCGCCGAGCGGACUUGCGCAGCGCAAGGUGAUGCGAGCGGCGCUUGCGGAUGCAGGUGUGCGGGCUGAGGAUGUUGUGUAUGUGGAGGCGCACGGUACGGGGACGAGUCUCGGGGACCCGAUUGAGGUUGAGGCUUUGCAGGAUGUGUACUGUGGGCGCGGCAGCCAGGAGGGCGGCGACGUUGGUGGGCGACGUGAGCGGCUGUAUGUUGGUGCCGUGAAGACGAACAUUGGGCACCUUGAAGGGGCAGCUGGGAUCGCUGGGCUGAUCAAGGCGAUUCUUGUUGUGCACCAUGGGGAGGUAGUGCCGAACCUUCACAUGGAUGCGCUGAAUCCGCACAUUGGGCAUGUUGGCGGGGAGGGCGAGGUGGUGUUUCCUCGGAAGGAGGGGGGUGUUGGUGUUGCUGGUACGGUAGAGAGCGGGCGACUGGGGCCAUCGUGCGUAGGCGGGGAUGGGCGCGUGUAUGCGGCUGUGAGCAGCUUUGGCUUUGGCGGCACAAACGCCCACGUUAUCCUUGCACAAGCAACUCCGCCUGGCACCAGCACGGACGAGACUGCGGCAUCUCGGGCCUUGCCAUCGACAUCACGUGAAUUGACAGCAGCUACUGGUCCUUCCUCCCCCUCAGCAACAGCAACUGCUGUGAAAGUCCUCAAGGGCGUGUGCUUCAUGUUCUGUGGCCAGGGCUCACAGUACGCGGAGAUGGGCAAAUCGCUUUACGAGAACAACGUGGUCUACCGUGAGUGCUUUGACAAGCUGUGUACUCUCUGUGUUGAAGAAAACCUGCUGCCCACACCGCUGUGGGACGUGGUGUUUGGCUCGAAGACAGACGUCAUCAACCAAACCAUGUACGCGCAGCCGACUCUGUAUGCGCUUGAAGCCGCCAUGUACUCGGCCAUCGCCAGCAGCGGCGUUGUGCCGGAGUUUGUGCUUGGCCACAGCCUCGGUGAGGUGGUGGCUGCAUUUGCACUCGGAGUCCUCUCGCUCGAAGAUGGCUUUCGCCUGGCAUGCGCCCGUGGCACGCUCAUGCAGCAGCUGCCGGAGGGCGGGACGAUGGCAGCCAUCUUCUCCGACAUUGACUCGGUGCGCAGCACCAUUGCUUCACUCUCGCUUGAGGACAAGGUCGCCAUUGCUGCCGUGAACGGCCCGAAGCUUGUCGUUGUUUCCGGCGAUAAGCAGGGCGUGCUGGCGGUGGGCGAGGCGGGCAAGACGCGGUUUGUUGAGUUGACCGUGUCACACGCGUUCCACUCGCACCUGAUGGCCGGCAUGAUUGCUCCUUUCGAGAAGCGUCUCACGGCGGCGGAUGGCGUGACAUUCCGCCCUGCACACAAGCACAUGCGCAUGGUGUCCACCGUGACUGGCGAUGUGAUUGAGGAAGAAGACCUGCACAGAGUGGAUUACUGGACCACGCAUGUCAUGCGUCCUGUGCUGUUCUACAAGGCGCUGCAGCAGGCGGCGGCCAACGGCGCCACCACCUUCAUUGAGAUGGGCUCUCAGGACAUUCUUGUCGGCAUGGCUCGCCGAUGCAAGCUCAAGGGCAUCACUCUGACCAACAUCAUCAACAAGAAGGCAACUGCCGACGCCCCAGCCACCCUGGACAAAGUCGUGUCCGACUUGUCAACGAGGGAGGGCGUAGUGAUUGCUGAACGCAGCCAAGGUGCACAACAAGAACGGCAACAGAAGGAGGAUGAGGAGGACCAGUUGCAGACUGCAACCUCGCCCUUGUUGUCUUUGCGACCAUCUGACGUAUUUGAACGCCGAAGGGACAUUCCCUUCACGCUUCCCACGGCCCCAGCUUCCUCGCUGCCAUCCAAGCGAACACAGCACAGCGAGCAGCUUGAUGUCAGCCAGCAGCCGCGUUGCCUCGUGCACGCGCAUGUUGAGGAAUCGCUUGUGGCAGCAGCCUUGCCGGAAGACCCAGCACACUGGACGGCAGCGCCCAUUUCAGCUGCAUUUGCAACUUCAACCGCCAAAGUGCCGUCGUGGCUCAAGACAACCACACCCACGAGCAAGCAUGAUGUGAUUGACGUCGUGAGCCAGCUGGAGCACGCGCCGCAGCUGACGUUUGUGUUUGUGCUGGACGGCCUGAGCACGGCCGAUGCGCUGGUGCAGCUGGCCACCUGGGGAGCGGCGGUGUGCGAAACCCUGUCCACAAGCACCACCAACAUCACCAUCGUGGUUGUUUCCUUCCUUGGCGAGAGCAGCGCAGAGGCGGGCGCAGCACAGCAGCUUGUGCCGUGGCAUUUGGCGGGCGCGCUCAAAGCUGUGAGCGUGGAGCUUGGCGUCACUGCGCUGCGCCUGCUCGUGCUCUCGCCCUCUGCCCCGUGCAUUCCCACACUGCCCACGGACACACCACACCUGGUGUUUCUGCAGACCAAGGCAACGGCAGCGCCCAAGGGUGCGCAAGCAGUGCACGCCGUGCAGGAGCAGGUGUUUGCCGUGGACAUACAGGAGUCCGAGACCAGCAAGGCCGAGGCGCAUGGUGCUGCGCCAUCUUCUCUUUCCAAAGAUCAGGCAGCGCCGGGCACGGCUGUUGUCACGGGCGGGCUUGGCCAACUUGGGCUGGCGGUGGCUGAGGUGCUUCUUGCACAUGGGCACGAGCAAGUACUCCUCUGUUCCCGGCGCAGCGAGAGUGGCACGCCGAAGGACACACAGCAUCAGCUGCAACAAUUACGUGCGCGCUACUGCGAGGGACAGGCCGACCGCCUGUCUGUGCUGCAGGUGGACGUGAGCGACGAGCUGAUGCUACUGGACACGCUGCGACCUUUUGCUCCACACAUUGACGCCAUCGUGCAUUGCGCAGGCGUCACGCGCGACGCAGCCAUUGACAGCGUUGCGCGCAAGGACGCACAAGACGUGCUGAGCGGCAAGCUCAUGGGCGCGAACAACCUGCACACUGCAACCGUUCGCCUCGCCAUGCCCCGCUUGAAGCGGUUUGUGCUGUUCUCCUCAGCCUCUGCGCUCUUCCCCAUGCCGGGGCAGUACACAUACGCUGCUGCAAAUGCAGGCUUGCAAGGUAUUCACGCCCAGCGCACGGCUGCAAAACACCCGAGCCAGCUCGUCCUGUGGGGUCCGUGGAGCGGGUCAGGCAUGAUGGCCAAACUCUUGCCGGCCCAGGUUGCUCGGAUGCAGCAGCGUGGCUUCUUCAUGCUGGAUGCCUCGCUGGGACAGCUGGCACUGAAUUUCGUGCUCACAGCGUCGUCGAGCAGUGCAUGCCACGUAACUUUCUGCACAACAGUGCCCACAGCGCACCGCCUCACAGCUGCGCUCGAGCUUCCAGCGACUACAGCAGCCUUUGCUGCUGCGCUGCAGGCAGCUGCUGAAGAAACCACCAGCCAACAGCACGACCAAGGCACGUCGAAGGCUCGACCGCGCGCACCGCAAGAGGUGUUUGCCCGCCUCGUUGGCAUUGUUCAGGAUCUUCUGGGCACGGCCAUCUCACAGCAGGAGCUGACAAAGCCACUCCGAGAGCUGGGAUUCGACUCCAUCGCUUCCGUCGAGCUUGCGCGUCAGGUUGAGCAGCAGUUGGGCGUGAGCGUUUCUGCCACAGCAGCAUUCGAUUUCCCGUCCAUCCGCACAUUGGCCCAGCACAUCCACGAGCGCUUGGCUCACGUCAGCGUGGGCACGCCCAUGUCUUUGUCACGACGAGGCGACAGCAGCGCUGAGAUUGCGGUUGUUGGCGUUGGGCUGCGGUUUGCCGGGUGCGACGACGAGGCGUCGUUCUGGCGCAUGCUGGAGGGCGGGGCGUGCACGGUGUCGACGCUGGCAUCGCACGCCGGGCAGCGCACGUGGCAGCUGCAGCGGCCCAUCAGCCAGGGCGGCGUGCUGUCGGACGUGAAGAGCUUUGACGCUGCGCUGUUCAACAUCUCCAACCGGGAAGCCGUGAGCAUGGACCCGCAGCAGCGGAUCAUGCUUGAGACUAGCUACCGCGCGCUGGAGAGUGCUGGGAUGACGCUUGAGCAGGCGCGCGCGGUGCGGACGGGGGUGAUGAUUGGAUCUGGUGUGAACGAGUACCACAAGGUGCUUGAGCGUGCGCGUGCAGCGGGGAGCUAUGAGGCGCAGGCUGGGCACAUGAUCACGGGGAACACGAGCAGUGUGCUUGCUGGGCGCGUGGCGUAUGCGCUUGGGCUCAAGGGUCCGACGUUCUUUGUGGACACGGCGUGUUCGACGUCGCUUGUUGCUGUGCAUCUUGGGUGCCAGUCGCUGCGCAGUGGCGAGAGCGACGUUGUGCUUGCGGGCGGCGUGAACGUGCUGCUUGACGGGGAGAACUGGGACAUGCUGUAUGACAGCGGGGCGCUGUCGAAGCAAGGGCAGUGCCGGGCGUUUGAUGCGAGCGCGGACGGGUACGUGCGGUCUGAAGGGUGUGGCGUUGUUGUGCUGAAGCGGCUGGAGGACGCGGUGCGCGACGGCGACCCGAUCCGGGCCGUGAUCCGGGGCAGCGCGAUGAACCAGGACGGGCGGUCGUCUGGGCUGACUGCGCCGAAUGGCCCCGCGCAGACGGCAGUGAUUGAGGCUGCGCUGCGCAGUGCGGGCGUUGCGGCUGGGGAUGUUGAGAUGCUUGAGGCGCACGGGACGGGGACGCCGCUUGGGGAUCCGAUGGAGAUGCAGGCGGCGAUUGCGGCGCUGCGCAAGGGCGAGAGUGCGUGUGGGCGCGUGCUGCAUGUUGGGUCGAUCAAGUCGAACAUUGGGCAUGCGGAGGCGGCGGCUGGUGUUGCGGGCCUGAUCAAGGCGAUCCUGAGUGUUGAGCGUGGUGUGAUUCCGCGGCACGUGCACUUUGAGGAGCUGAAUCCUGCGAUUGGGGAGCUACCGCCGAGCGUGCGUGUUGCGACGGAGACGACGGAGUGGCAGAGCGACGUGCGCGUUGCUGGUGUGAGCUCGUUUGGCUUCAGCGGCACCAACUGCCACGUUAUCGUGAGCGGCUACGACAAGCCGCCCUUGCAAAGCUUGCCAAAGUCCCCAGCUGUCUCUAUACCGCUGCUGUUGUCCGCACAUUUUGCCAAAGGCCUCCGGUCCCUCCGUGACUCCGUCCUCGCUUCCGUUGACGAUUCCAGCCUAUUUGCCCUUGCGUCGUACCUUGCAUUGCGCCGCAGUAUGUUUCAGCAUCGCCUGGUUGUCUGGCACGAUGGCCGUGCUACCGUGCCCGCUCCAAGUGCCGUCCUCGUGCCAUUGAAUUCCCAAGCGCUUCUCAGCAUCUCAUUCCCUUCAGAUAUGUGUGAUCGUCUUCUUGGCGUGUUGACAAGCGACACGAUGGCUGCACCCACAACCAGAGACGACGUCGUGGAUUUGCUCGAGCAAGUGGUGGAAGAACCCGUGAGCUUGGACCAGGACACUGCCUCGCACAAGCUGCGGGUCGAUGACGCGGCAGAGCACAUUCCUGUCACGGAGUGGCUCAUGCGCGUGAUUGCGGAUGCUUUCCGCCUUGGCUUCACCCUGCAACAAUCCAGCCUGGCCAUGCUGUUCGAUAUGCAGGCUUUACCCACGCUGCCGCCACUGCCGCUGAAUCAGCAGGAGUACUGGCCACCAGUUGACAUCUCACCAAAUGCGCCAUUGACGCUCGUGUCCACGUUCAAGUGGGUCGCCGUGGACCAUGGAGACAACGACACCAGCACACUGGAUGAGAGUGUACGGCACGUGUGUAUCGGCGCCUCAGACGCGUUUGCUGCGCUGCCCGAGGACAAGCACGUGCUGUCAUGGUCACAGGUCGUCAACGUGAGUCACGAUGAGGAAGCAGCACCUCCGCUGCUUGAAGCGGUGCUAGCUGACAUGGAUGAUGCCGAAGACACCAGCGACAGGAAGCUGACAAGUAUCGUGUUGCACCUCUCCUUCACCGACGUCAGCACAGACGACGCUGCUGCCUCUGCUGUCGCGUCUGCGCAACGUGCCCUUGCUGUGGUGAAGCAGAUCUCGGCUGCGUCGCCAUCAUGCGAUGUGCACGUGUGCUUGAGUGGAUCUCAGGACACAGAGCAUCUGUGGGCUCCAGCUAUCGGCUUGUUCAAGACAGCCCAGCUGGAAAUGCCCCGUCUCAGUGCUGGUGUGAUCGGACUGGAAGAGCCGAGCAGCGAUGCGGUCGCAGCUGCCUACGCGCAUUUGUGCACCACAAGGGCAACCCUGCUUUGCACACCAAGCGGCGUUCAAGAGCUGCAGGCGGCAACGUCUGAGCGCCACGUCGAGGCAACCAACGAGGAGGCAAGCGCUUCUACUCCUGCGCCUGAAGAGCACGUAUGCAUCAUUGCUGGUGGCGCGGGAAAACUCGGAAAGAUCGUGUGCGAACGUUUGGCAAGCCAAGGCUUCAAGGUAGUGGCGCUCAGCAGGCGAAAGCCCAGUUCUGACGAGGCGAAGCAAAGCGUCGUGUCUGUCGUGUUUGAGCAGUGUGACAUCACCAAGAGGGCAGACGUGGACAGUGUCCUGCAAAAGUAUGCUGCAACCGGCAAGCAACUGAGCAUCUACCAGUGUGCGGGGAGCUACCAUGUUGGUCUGCUGAGUGGGAGCGAGUGGGCGGAUGCGGAGGCGGUGCUGGCGCCCAAGAUCCAGGGCACGAUGAACCUGCACUGGGCGUCGCUGGAGCACAGCGUGUCGCAGUUUGUGCUGUUCUCGUCUGCGUCGUCUGUGUUUGGGUCUGUGGGGCAGGCGUUCUAUGCGUCUGGCAACAGCUUUCUGGACCGGUUCCACAGCUGGCGCGUGCGGCAGGGGCUGCCGUGCACGUGCGUGAACUGGGGUCCGUGGGGCGGGUUGUACCCGGGGCACGUUGAGAAGCGAUGGGCGGUUGAAGGGUAUGCGCCGCUCGGGCAGGAGGAAGGGCUUUCCGUGCUUGAGGGGCUUGUGCAGGCUGAUGCGAGCGACGCCGGGAGCACGGUUGUUGCGCGUGUGCUGCCUGAGGAGUUUCUCCGGGCGAUGCAGGCGCCACUGCGCAGCACGGAGCUGGGCAGCGUGCGGGAGAUGCUUGAGAAGGAGGUUGCUGCGCGUCGGGAGGCGCUGGCUCGCAUGGGCGGCGGCAGUGGCGGCGGCGGCGGUCGUGGCUGGCGUGGCGCUGGCUCACAUGCGGCGGGCACGGGCGGACGGCUCGGGGAAGCGCACAAGGCCGUUGUGACGCGGCAGGAGGUGCGCGAUGGCGUGAUUGGCGUGCUUGCGCAGGAGCUUGGUGGGGACGCGAAGGACAUCCGUGCUGCGGCGAAGGCGAACACGCCGUUCUCUGAGCUUGGGCUGGAGUCGUUUCUUGCGAUGGAGAUUCGGUCGCAGCUGCAGUCGCGGUUUGCGGUUGACCUGUCUGCGACGGUGUGCUACGACUACCCGACGGUGGACAAGCUUGCUGAGCACGUGUGCAAGCUGGUUGGCGCUGUGAGCAGCGACAUGGCUGGCGAGGGCGAGGUGGUGGUGAGCACGAAGACGGGGCGGCGGCUUGCGGCUGAGGCCGGGCUGGCUGGCGCGAUGGCUGAGCGCAGCGGUGGAAGCGGCAGCUUUUGCUGUCGUCGUGCUGAUCUGGUUGAGGUUGUGCCUGGGGAGCGGUGGGAUGUUGAUGCGUACUAUGAUGCUGACGGGCACGCUGAGGGGCGGAUGUGGAGCCGGCGGGGCGGGUUCCUGCGCGGGAUUGACGAGUUUGAUGCUGAGUUUUUUGGCAUCACGGGCCGUGAGGCGAGCAGCAUGGACCCGCAGCAGCGGCUGCUGCUUGAGACGAGCUGGCACGCGCUUGAGAGCGCUGGGCUUGGCGGGAAGCGGCUUGGGCGUGGGCGUGCUGGGGUGUUUGUUGGUGUUUCUGGGAGCGAGUUUGCGACGCUGUGCGGGCGGGUGUCUGGUGCGAGCGCGGUUGGGGAUGUGCAUGCAGCGACGGGGACGGCGAGCAGCGUUGUAGCUGGGCGCGUGUCGUAUGCGCUUGGGCUUGGCGGGCCGAGCGUUGCCGUGGACACUGCAUGUUCGUCGUCGCUUGUUGCUGUGCAUCUUGGAUGCCAGUCGCUGCGCAGUGGCGAGAGCGAUGUUGUGCUUGCGGGCGGCGUGAACAUUGUGCUGCUGCCUGACGGCAACAUCCACUUGACGAAGACGCGAAUGCUGUCGAAGCAAGGGCAGUGCCGGGCGUUUGAUGCGAGCGCGGACGGGUAUGUGCGGUCUGAAGGGUGUGGCGUUGUUGUGCUGAAGCGGCUGGAGGACGCGGUGCGCGACGGCGACCCGAUCCGGGCCGUGAUCCGGGGCAGCGCGAUGAACCAGGACGGGCGGUCGUCUGGGCUGACUGCGCCGAAUGGCCCCGCGCAGACGGCAGUGAUUGAGGCUGCGCUGCGCAGUGCGGGCGUUGCGGCUGGGGAUGUUGAGAUGCUUGAGGCGCACGGGACGGGGACACCGCUUGGGGAUCCGAUGGAGAUGCAGGCGGCGAUUGCGGCGCUGCGCAAGGGCGAGAGUGCGUGUGGGCGCGUGCUGCAUGUUGGGUCGAUCAAGUCGAACAUUGGGCAUGCGGAGGCGGCGGCUGGUGUUGCGGGCCUGAUCAAGGCGAUCCUGAGUGUUGAGCGUGGUGUGAUUCCGCGGCACGUGCACUUUGAGGAGCUGAAUCCUGCGAUUGGGGAGCUACCGCCGAGCGUGCGUGUUGCGACGGAGACGACGGAAUGGCAGAGCGAAGAGCGCGUUGCUGGUGUGAGCUCGUUUGGCUUCAGCGGCACCAACUGUCACAUGGUUGUUCAGAACUACUCUCGCCCUGACACGACUGGCGCUGAGAUUGACUGUUUUGAUGAUCAGGUCUCGUCCUUGCUCUUCUUCUCCGCUCACACCAAGGUUGCGUUGAUCGAACAAAUUGGCACCUUCGUCCAAAGGCUUGACCGCGAAUCGGCAUCUACAUUCACUCGUGCCGCUCGAACCACACACGCCCGUGCUCGGUUGGACCUCUCUGUCCAGUUCGUGUUUACGUCCCUUGCAGACGCACAAGUUGGGCUUCGGUCCUGGCUGCAGUCGGCUCGAUCGAUCGACCACCUGGACCAGCCGCUUCUGCUUGACUUUGGUGAUGUCCACUCCCGUUCUGAAUCUCUGCUGUUGGCACUUCCGAUGUCAUCUGCAUCGCCCCUGGCGAGCAUGGUUGAGAGUGCGCGUGAACUCUGCCCUGGUGCGGAUGAGCAACCGCUUGUCGAAGACCUGUGCUUGACGCGUCUCAUCGCAGAGCAAGGCCUUGCGGUUUCAGUGGUGAACCACCCGCAGGCAGAUUUGCUGAAUGCCUGCACGCAAUCAUCUGUCACGCUGGAGUCGCUUCUACUGCAAAUUUCCACCGCAGCUGAGGCUCCACAUUCACCUGAUGCCACUGUUGGCACUUCCUUUUCUGCUGACGCACUGCUGAAGAUGCUGUCUUUCCAUGGCCAGGUGACAGGCACGGAUUGCACUGCGACCGCGCAACUGGCGGGCUUGUCCACCGACACUCCUCGCAAGGCAAGCGAUUGGGUUCACCUCCCCGCGUACCCAUUUCAGCACCAGCGGUACUGGAUCCACAGUGACAAACCUGUGCACAUUGGAUUGGUUGAUGACCGCUUGGUUCUGUCGGAGGUGCCGGGUCUGAAGGACGACACCGUCGCCACAACAGUGACUGCGGAGGAUGAGAAGACCAAGGUCACGGAGCUGUCGGACGUUGCUGCGGAAUGGCUCAUCAUGGAUUCGACAAACGCCUGCGAUGCACAAGCGCUUGCGCUGCCUGCUGAACGGGUGAUCGUCGCUGACGACCAUGUGCUUGACAGCGCAUGGGACUUUGAUGGUGCCCGGACCAUUGCCUUGGCGUGCUCCACGGUUGAGAAAGCCGAGCAACUGGUGUUCUCCGUGCUGCAUGAUGUCUCAUUGGGCCCAGGUCCAUCACCAGCGAUGACCGUGCUGUACUGUGCUCAACCUGUGUCCAUGUGGACGCCGAUUCGCAGCAUGGUGCAGACCGCACGCUUGGAGCUCGGGCUCACCAUCCGCGAACUUGCACUGGAUGCAGACGAAGUACCAGGCAAGCUUAGGCCCCUUGCCACACUUGAAUCCGGCCUUUCAGCGAUGACACCCACCUUGGCGUGGCCACGUAUGCCUGGGUGGCUGUCCGUGCCGCGCACGGCGCUCAUCACGGGCGGAUCUGGAAGCCUCGGCCUUCAGACGGCGUGGGUUCUGGCUGAGGAAGGGUUUGCGCGCGUGGUGCUGAUGGGGCGUCGAUCCACGAAAGCCCUGUCCCCUGAAACGCGGGACGCAAUGGAGCACAUGCAGUUGCGCUUUGGCACGAAGGUCUCGUACGUGUCACUUGAUUUCACUGCAAGUGAUUCAGAGAUGCAGGAUGCAAUGCGGAGUCUUGCAAGCGUGUUGGGCGAUGCACGCACCAUUGAUUGCAUUGUGCAUGCUGCAGGCAUCAACAAGGACAAGCCCUUCUCCAGCCUGACAUGGGAUGAUGUGACUGCUGUUCGCUCAAGCAAGGGCAAGGCCCUUGACGUCCUGUUGCGCCAGCUGGCCACGGCUGACAUCGCUGUGGGCAUGGCCCUGUUGUAUUCGUCAAUCAGCGCUGUGUUUGGCGCGCGCGGGCAAGCGAACUACAGCCUGGCCAAUGGAGAGCUCAUUGCCCAGGCAGCGUCUCUCACUGCCGCUGGAACCCCCGCGUGUGCCAUCUGCUGGGGACCCUGUGCCAACUCGGCCAUGGUGGACAGCUUGACAGCUGCCCACAUCGCACGCAUGCGAGCGCAUGGUGUUGACCUGCUGUCUGUCAGCGAAUUUCGCACGGCCCUGCGCCAGGCGCUGGCAACGGUGGCAACAUGCGGCGAGGCCACCAAACCCACUGCACUUGUGGCCUAUGCCAAAUGCGAUGGUGAUGCGCAGGCAGAGGAGACACCAACAAAGGCACAGCAGGAGUCUGCCAGAGCUGAAGCGUGGAACGAAGAGGAUCUUGUCACGGAAAUGUCCGACAUUGCCCGCACAGUGUUGUGUUUGCGAGGUGAGGUUGGAGAUCCGGAUGAAACGACCUUUGGAGACUUGGGCGUGGACUCGCUGCUGGCGGUUGACAUCCAGAAGGAGGUGCAGGAGCGCUUUGGCGUAGCCGUCACAGCGACGUUUGUGUAUGAUUACCCAACGCUGCGCGAAGCAGCAAGGCACGUGCGGUCGCUGCUGUCAUCUGUCACUCCCGCUGUCAGUGGCGACAUGUCACUGGUGCCGUUCCGACACAGCCAGGAGAUUGCGGUUGUUGGCGUUGGGCUGCGGUUUGCCGGAUGCGACGACGAGGCGUCGUUCUGGCGCAUGCUGGAGGGCGGGGCGUGCACGGUGUCGACGCUGGCAUCGCACGCCGGGCAGCGCACGUGGCAGCUGCAGCGGCCCAUCAGCCAGGGCGGCGUGCUGUCGGACGUGAAGAGCUUUGACGCUGCGCUGUUCAACAUCUCCAACCGGGAAGCCGUGAGCAUGGACCCGCAGCAGCGGAUCAUGCUUGAGACUUACUACCGCGCGCUGGAGAGUGCUGGGAUGAACGCUUGA